AUGGACCUCGAUGUGAUGUGCACGACGUGGGACUGUCACCCAGGACAGCAGCUGAUAAGCCUGAAGAGACCCUCUAGAGCGGGGACCCUCGCCGCCGACCCUGGACUGGGGACCCUCGUAGCGGGCCCCGGACUGGGCGCCCUUAUUGUGGGCCCCGGACUGGGCACCCUCGUUGUGGGCCCCGGACUGGGCACCCUCGUUGUGGGCCCCAGACUGGGAACCCUUGUUGGGAGCUCCGGACUGGAGAGCAUCGCUGGAGGCUCCGGACUGGAGGGCGCCUCUGGAGGCUCUGGACUGGAGGGCGACACUGGAGGUUCCGGACUGGAGAGCGUCGCUGGAAGCUCCAGACUGAAGGGCGUCGCUGGAAGCUCCGGACUGAAGGGCGCCUCUGGAGGCCCCGGACUGAAGAGCGUCACUGGAAGCUCCAGACUGAAGGGCGCCUCUGGAGGCUCCGGACUGGAGGGCGACACUGGAGGCUCCGGACUGGAGAGCAUCACUGGAGGCUCUAAACUGGAGGGCGUCACUAGAAGCUCCGGACUGAAGGGCACCUCUGGAGGCUCCGGACUGAAGAGCGUUGCUGGAAGCUCCGGACUGAAGGGCGCCUCUGGAAGCUCCGGACUGGAGGGCGACACUGGAGGCUCCGGACUGGAGGGCGCCUCUGGAGGCUCUGGACUGAAGGGCGCCUCUGGAAGCUCCAGACUGAAGGGCGUCGCUGGAAGCUCCGGACUGGAGGGCGACACUGGAGGCUCCGGACUGGAGGGCGACACUGGAGGCUCCGGACUGGAGGGCGUCGCUGGAGGGAGGAGAUGCAGAGACAGCCUGGUGCGUGGGGCAGCCACAGGGCCCCCACCAGGCUGGGGAGACCUACAGGAGGCCUGGUGUGUAGAGGAGGCACCGGAUGAACCAGGCUGUGGGGGAGCACUGGAGCUCUGGUGCGCAGCCUUGGCACCACUCCUCCAGGCUGAAUUCCCACUUUAGCCCGGCCCCAGGUUUAGCAGGCACAGGUCGAACCGGGCUGUGGGGGAGCACUGGAGAUCUGGUGCUUACCACUCGCACCUCUCCAUUUGGCUCAAUGCCCACUUUAGACCGGCACGGGCGGAGCGCAGGCAUAGGACGAACUAACCAGUCCCAGCGCACCAGAGACACAGUGAGCAGAGCCGGCGCAGGAUACCCUGGGCCGAAACAGCGCACCGGAGACCAAGCGCGCUGAGCUGCCACAAUCCGCCCUGGCUGGAUGCCCAAUCCAAGGGUACACAUACUUUUUCCAACCGGCACUGUGAAUGUUUCCACGGUGUGUUCAAUAAAGACAUGAAAAAUUAUAAUUGUUUGUGUGUUAUUAGUUUAAGCAGACUGUGUUUGCCUAUUGUUGUGACUUAGAUGAAAACCAGAUAACAUUUUUAUGACCAAUUUAUGCAGAAAUCCAGGUAAUUCUAAAGGGUUCACAUACUUUUCUUCCCACUGUACAUCAGUAUUCGGACCCUUUACUCAGUACUUUGUUGAAGCACCUUUGGCAGCGAUUACAGCCUUGAGUCUUCUUGGGUAUGGUACUACAAACUCGGCACACUUGUAUUUGGGGAGUUUCUCACAUUCUUCUCUGCAGAUCCUCUCAAUCUUUGUCAGGUGGGAUGGGGAGAGUCGAUGCACAGCUAUUUUCAGGUCUCUCCAGAGAUGUUAGAUCGGGUUCAAGUCCGGGAUCUGGCUGGGUCUCUCAAGGACAUUCAGAGACUUGUCCUGAAGCCACUCCAGUGUUGUCUUGGCUGUGUGUUUAGGGUUGUUAUCCUGUUGGAAGGUGAACCGUCACCACAGUCUGAAGUCCUGAGCACUCUGGAGCAGGUUUCAUCAAGGAUCACUCUGUACUUUGCUACUUUCAUCUUUCCCUCAAUCCUAACUAGUCUCUCAGUCCCUGCUGCUGAAAAACAUCCCCACAGCAUGAUGCUGCCACCACCAUGCUUCACCGUAGGGAUGGUUCCAAGUUUCCUCCAGACGUAACAUUUGGCAUUCAGGUUUCAUCAGCCCAGAGAAUCUUGUUUCUCAUGGUCUGAGAGUCUUUAGAUGACUUUUGGCAAACUUCAAGAGGGCAGUCGUACCUUUUACUGAGGAGUGACUUCCGUCUGGCCGCUCUACCAUAAGGCCUGAUUGGUGGGAUCUGAAGAGAUGGUUGUCCUUCUGGAAGGUUCUCCCAUCUCCACAGAGGAACUCUGGAGCUCUGUCAGAGUGACCAUCUGGUUCUUCUCCUGUGAUUUCUCAGUUUGUUCUGGCGGCCAGCUAUGGAAAGAGUCUUGGUGGUUCCACAUUUCUUCCAUUUAAGAAUGAUGGAGGCCACUGUGUGCUGCAGACAUUUUUUGGUACCCUUUCCCAGAUCUGUAGCUCUAAAAUAACUCAAGAAAUCUGUCAAUAUUGACGUUUUUGCCGAGGAGAUCUUAGGCGCGCAAUUGUACAUAUAACUAAGAUGUUUGGUGCAUUAUUUCUCUAUGGGAAACAUGUGCAUGAAAACGAAUCAACGUUCGUUGAAUGACAACAAAGACUCCCUACACUUGACCAAUCACGGACGAAGGGGUGUAGACUUCGGCUCCCGAACUGGCCUUGAUAAAAAUGUCUGCCGAACAGCGCAAAGUGAAGCACUGUCAACUGGAAAACGUCAAUGAACCAUUCUAACAAUGCCAACCACUUGGAGCCAAGUUUCCUGACCCAGGCUGUUAUGGCCACACCCAGUUCCAACUGGUCCCUGAUAGGUAUCGCAGGGACAAAAUGGCUUAACUGAAUCUGACUGACCAGAUUGAGGUCUACCUGAGAGCUCAUGGCAUUGCCAGUCUAUUCACAUGGACAGGAGCACAAGCCAUGUAUCAUGGUGUGUAGUCAUUACUUGAAUAUCAGGUGUUAUUCUCCUUACCACCCUAAGCGUCAGUAACUUUUAAUUCAUUUUACCAUUCAGCUGUUUUCUGCCUGCUCUUGAAUACAUUUAUUAAUGAUACAUUUUAGUUGUGAAUAACAUCAACUGUUGUUAAUGAACAUUUUGUAAACUUGAACAAAACAUCAUCAGGUUUCUGGAACCAUGAGGAUGUGGCCAGGUUCUUUGUGUCCCACUAUCGGCCAGUACUUCUCUUUCUUCUGUUACCAGCUCAACUCCCUGGCCCUGUCCAUGAGACGGAUGCUGUGAACCCCAGGAAGAACUUGUGCUGGGGGACAGACAGUAUUCAUCUGUAUGAAAUGAAGCAUGGUGUUGUGGUUGGGCUGGAUUACAGGGUCCUCAAGCUCCUGGUCUGGUUCCUACUGGGCAGGUCAGGUGGACAUGGAGAGAUGGUGUAUGCAGGGUGAAAUAAGUGUUUUUGUUGAAUUGUUUCCAUCUGGAUUCAACAGUGGCAAAUGUCAAUUCAUGUACACUGAACAUGUGCAGUGUAUAUGUAUGUACGGUGUGUGUAUCUCUGGUAUGAUCUGGCAGAAUGUAUUCAUGUGGAAAGUAAAAACAGUUGCAUACAGGGUUGAUUGGUGUCCACAACACUAAGGACCUAUCAUGGUUCAAACACACCAACAUAGUUGUGAAGUGGCCACAACAAUGCCUCUUCCCCCUCAGGAGGAUGAAAAGAUUUGGCAUGGGCCCCUCAGUUAUUCAAAAAGUUAUACAGUGGCACCAUUGUGAGCAUCUUGACUGGCUGCAUCACCUUUUGGUAUGGCAACUGCUCGGCAUCUAACCGCAAGGCGCUGUGGAGGGUAGUGCGUGCCUACGGCCCAGUACAUCACGGGUUGAGCUCCCUGCCAUCCAGGACCUCUAUACCAGGCUGUUUCAAUGGGGAAAGAUUGGCUCGUACCCCGCUUCAGUGAUUGUUGAAAACCCUGCUUCCGGUGUUCUGCUGUUUGCCACUAGGUGUCGCUUAGUCAAUGUGGACAAACGUCACAACCACAGAUGGAACAAGGAGACUGAUGUUUCAACGGAUGUAUAAAUCUGAAGGAUCCGGUUGGAAUUUCCACCCCUCACUAAAUAUGGUGAGGAGAGGAAGCCCAGUGGGAGAGUAUGGAGCGAGAUGGAACUGGGCUGGCGUUCUGCUGAUUUUUCUCAUAGAAGAAGAAAAGCCCGAUCUCAAUUAGUUAUCUUUUCCCAAAACUAGAAUCUGUUACAGAGUGCAAUAAGUUUUGUAGAUGUGAUCCUUUGCCAAAGUUCCCUAACGGAAAUAUGCAAAUAAAUGCUAGAACGCGCAAAUAGGA